UUCAGUCACACUACACCGUAUAGCGUUAACGGACGUCCAACGCAUACCAAAAUUUUCAAUCCGUCCAUGUCCGUUCGCAUGCGUUUCUUUUCCGUUUAUCAUGCGGCGUUUGCGCUUCUUGUCCUGCGGUGUCCGGCGGUGUCCGGCGGUGUCCGUUCCGUUCGGUGGAAAGUUUUGAACAUGUUCAAAAUUUGGAACGUACACCACCGGAUAAAGUUGUCCGUCAGAUGUACGGUAACCAUGCGCUGGUAUGCGUUUUGUUCGUUACUCGUUCGUUCCUUAUUCUGUACUUGUCCGGUUCGAGUCCGUUCUUGUCCGGUGGACCUGAUUCACGGCCGGACUACUAACGGACAUGCAGCGCGAUGUAACGUAUGUUAAACGGACGAUAACGAACAAGGGACGUAUAAGAACUGAUAAAUAACAGACAUGAAUCGAUGGUCCACCGCACAAAACUGAUGAUGAAUAAAACGAUGUUUCCCUGGUUAUAACUGUCAUAUAUUUUCCUGCAUUGAAACUUUGAUAGUUUGAGUUAAUGAUCCACAUAUCAUGGAGUGUCGCGUUAGAGCCCGCCUGCAGUAUCAAGCGGCCGUGAUUCAGGCACGUAUUGACCUGUUGGAUGCGAAUGUAGAUAUUGUCGCUUAUGAAAAUAGGAGAAGAAGGAGGCGACUGCAGAGGUGGUUGUCAAAGGCUUGGCUGGGUCCUGAGAGACAUCGAAUGUUUGGUCUCUACGAUCAACUCAUGAUGGAGCUGCGGAGAGAAGACCAGCGGUCAUUUACGAACUUCAUGAGGAUGCCUCCUGAGAUGUUUGAUGAGAUUCUGGAACGAGUGGGUCCCAGAAUAACAAAACAAUAUACCACAUACAGAACCCCUCUUGACCCUGGAAUGAAGUUAGCCGUUACACUAAGACAUCUUGCGUCAGGGUCAAAGUAUUCCAACAUGCGGUUUGCCUGGAGGAUACCUCACAACACCAUCUCUGUCAUAGUGCGAGAAGUGUGCAGAGCAAUUAUAGACGAGUAUGUGGACGAGGUCAUGCCUUUGCCAACAACAGCUGCUGACUGGAAACGCAUUUUAGAUGGCUUCUUGGAAAAAUGGAACUUUCCUCACACUUUGGGUGCGUUGGAUGGCAAGCAUAUUGCCUGUAAGUGUCCACCUAGUUCCGGGUCCACAUAUUUCAACUAUAAAAAGUACUACUCCAUUGUCCUGCUGGCCCUCGUUGACUACGACUGCAAGUUCAUUUGGGCCGACAUCGGAGGCCGCGGUGCUGCAUCUGAUGCUCAGUUGUGGAACGAGUCGGACCUUAAAGCUGCAACUGAGGAACUUGACCUGCCGGACGCCGAACCCCUGCCACACGACACGCAGGAUGUGCCAUUUUUCUAUAUUGGCGACGAUGCCUUUGGCCUGAAGACCUAUAUGCAGAAGCCAUACAGUCACAGAGUCUUGUCUCACGAUGAAAGGAUAUUUAACUACAGGCUGUCAAGGGCUCGAAGAGUGGUUGAAAAUGCUUUCGGCAUCCUCGCUAACCGGUUCCAAGUCCUGAUGAGUACCAUGCAGCAUCAUCCAUCGACCAUUCGCCUCAUUGGCACCACCUGUUUGGUUCUACACAACCAGUUUUGUCCUUCACGUGACCGGUAGAAAUACGCUCGUCGAACGUUCAAAGAACGUUUUGUCAGUUCUUCAUGCGCUGCGUGUACGUUUUGUGCGGUACAAAUCCGUUACUAGUACGGUGAAGUCCGUUAACUGUACGUCGUUCAUCCGGUAUAUGUGCCUUGAUCGUUCGGUCAUUGUGCGUUUUGUACGUUUUAUGCGCCCCGUACAGCGAUCAUGGGAGCACCGAGCAGCAGCGGUAAAUGCUUUUCAUCACCGGAUAACUUUCAGCCGCAUUUUUCUUUGCGUUUGGCGUCCGUUAACGCUAUGCGGUGUAGUGUGACUGAAGCU